CGGAUACUAUUAAAGUCGAAGUGCUUGAACAAACUGAAGAGAUGCCACAGGGUGAGUUAGACGAGAAAAAGGGCGAGGUGUCAAAUGAGGAUGACAAGCAAAGUGUGGCGACUGGAGUGAGUGAGAUUGAGAGUGAGACUAGUCCUUUUUUGUCAACGAGGGAACAGCUGCACGGAAGGAAACACCCUUUCUUCGUCGACAGCUUUGAGGCUGGCAACUAUGCCCGCUUCUUCAACCACUCCUGCAGCCCCACCAUGUUUGCACAGAACAUCUUCACCACCUCACAUGACCCACAAAUUCACCAGAUUGCUUUCUUUGCCUUUGAUGAUCUGAAAGCAGGAACUGAGUUGACAUACGACUACUGUGUCAAGAGCGAUCCAGACACUCCAGUUCAGCAGGAAUGCCACUGUGGAUCCGAGAACUGCCAAGGACGACUUCUUUGAAAACAUUUAACAAUUUACGAAGUGACCAAAUUUGUCUAAACUGAACUAUUUUUCUUGAAAAAUUGGUGUGGGACGUCUCCUAUCCGAGAGUUUUUGAAUACCGUAGUGGGAAAAUAAAGCUUAAAAUUGCGAUCCCAGCUAGAUUGAAUAUGUUGUCUAGCUAACCAAUCGUAUGCCAGUUUUCGCUAUUCGGGAAUGCACAUUAGAGAAAAAGAAAGUUGCACCUGAACUUGAAGUAAACCAGUUUUUUAAACUGGCAGCCGAGAAGAGACUGAAAUUUUAUAUAAGACAGAAGUGAAGUAGAAAAUUGAGCUGAGUUUGAGUUGAAUGUUUUAAUGUCGAAACGAGUGUGAAUAAAUUAUCCGAA